GAGUGCGUUACACCACGUCUUGCCGACCAUAUGUGGCUUGCGUAGGAUUUUAGCGGUCGGCUAACCGCGCAAUAAAACGAGUCGAAGUCUCGCUUUGUAGGACAAUGUAUUUUCCUUCCUCAGAAUUUUAACUUGUUCGUCGAAAGUAGGCUACAAAAAUGUACCAAACCCAACUCGACCCAAUGGAUCGCUCUUCAUCAUUGUCAUCAUUAGAUUCCCUGAUUAUUAUAGAACCGUCGACACCUCAAAAGAAGCAAAAAUUCUACAAGAGAAUAUUCCAAAUCAUAUGGACAGAGUGGAAUAGGGCUCGUCGAGAAGCAUGGCUGGAUUUACGAUCUAUCAGGUGGAAACGAGUCGGCCGUUGGACAGUCCCGACGUCAUGGACUCUCGCAACACUGGGAUUAUUUAGCUUUCUUACAAUAUAUGGCACCUUGUCGCAAUCGUUCGAACCGACAAAUUCUGCUUGCAGAUCCGACAAUUCCUUCAACUGCAAUAUAUCCACGUAUGACGUAUGGACAGCAUCUGGAUUCUUCGAAGUGGAUAUAGGUUUCGGCGAUUUGACGUUCACGCAGGCCAAAGUUAUUGACGUAUCAUGGGAUAUGGUAAUCGGCCGUGGCGGGCAAACGCUAAUGGCAUUCAUCUCUUGGAGGGCGUUUGCCGACUACGUAACAACUUCAAUGGAAUUUGCACCCAUUACAUAUACGAUGUUUUUCGUCGUAUUCCUUCAAGAUGAACCUUCCAUUCUCUCUACCUUUCGAGUUGCGCGAAUAUUCCUCUCGGGCCGCAAGCUCAAGUCGAAAGUGGCUAUGAUCUUCAUGAUAUCAAGCAUGCUAUUCCUUUUAGGGUUUCCAACAUUCGCCGGCGCCAUAACUGGAUAUACCACGAUCGUUGAGGCUUUUGUUCCGGAUUAUGACGGUAGAUAUAUCCCCUUUUCGGGAUUCCAGCCUAUAGCGUACGUUAUUAAUGAUGGGUGGAGAGUCAACCUCACCGCCAACGAAUAUGUGUCUUUUUUCGGCUCCGAGACCGAAGCUGAGCCUGUGUACUACAUGGGGUUCUUUUACCAUGCAUGCUCUAUCUUAGGCGGGGACGCCGGUUGUUCUUUGCAGGAAACCGUCUCUAAUUAUGUUGCGACAUAUGGGCUUUUAGGUCUCCAAAACACAACGUCGACGUGGGAAAAUGUUACGCUCCCUAGCCCAAUUUUAAAUAUAUCAGCUUUUUACAUCCCACCUGCCACAAGAGGUACAUUUAACGGCGCUGACUGGUCGGACCCACGAAACAGAAAACAAGAACAGCCAUUUGAUGAUCCGUCUAAAACCACAUUUAUUUAUAAUAACAAGACGUAUCCUCUCUCUUACGUACAGAGUAAUGGUCGUUGCCAAACUGUUCAAGAUCGAUUCAAGUGGGGAUUUUCAUAUAUACAGUCAUAUAUUUUGGUAAUACUCUUGUCAAUUUGGACAAUUGGGAUAUGGAUGAUGUGGCUUAAAGCCCGGCGUCAACUGCCCCCCAAGGAUCAGGUACAAAUACCUAAAGGCUGGAGAGCUAUUCUAGUAUUAGCUGAAAGGAUGAACGAAGAGUUACAGAACGCCAACAUUGAUAUCAAUUUCCUAACAGAUCAACAAUUAAAGGAGGAGAUCCAAAAACAGCUCCACGGCGGGUCGGUCUCAUUCAAUAUAACAACCUCGCGGAAUUAUAGUUUCCGCCGGGGCCUAUGGCUAUGGCUGAAGAGGGAGUGGAAAUGGUGUCUAAUACUAGUACUAACAAUGAUUUUGGCGGGUACUUUUAUAUACUGGCCUUACUCCAAUAAUGGGUUUCUCUUCAGUUUAGGGUUCGUGCCCCCCCUUCCUUGGGGGGUUAUGUUUGCGAUGGUACUAGGAAAUACGACAAGGAGUAAGGCUUUCAUGACUGGUUGUUGGUGGACAAGUGGGCUUGCAGCUGGGUUGACCCUACGUAUCUUAACUUGAUCGACAUACUUCUCAGUAUCCUUUUUCUAUACCUCCUACUGUGUUCAUUAGUAUACGUCAGCACGUGCCUGUAUGUUUCAAAUCGGAUCCCAAAAAUGGAAUCUGGAAUCUGUUAUGCCAG